AUGGCAGGCAAGAGCAACGACAAGUUCUACAAGACGGUCGUGUUCGCCGAGGACAUGACGGACGCCAUGCUCGACAAGGCGCUGAGCACGGCGCGCGACGCCUUCCAGCUGCAAGUCACGUCGGAGAAGACCUUCUCCACCAUCGCCGAGUUCGUGCGCCGCAACAUGGAGAAGGAGUACGGCCGCGGCUGGAACUGCGUCGUGGGGUCCUCCUUCGGCGCCUACGUGACGCACGAGAUCAAGACCUACGUCUACUUCAGCGUGGCCUCGGGCGUCGCCCCCGCGGGCUUCCGCAGCCUCCAACUGCCCGUGGGCGCUUCAGGCGCGUCGCUCUCCGCCGUGGCGCCGACCUCCGUGGGCCCGGAGCAGCAGCCGCUGCUAUGUCUGCCGACCGCUUUCGGCUCCGUGGCCCGCGACUUCCGCCUGCAGUUCGCCAGCGCGCAGCUCACGCGUAGCUUCGCGCUCUUCGGCGUGGACCCGCGGCUGCCGGAGCGGGAGUUCGGCGGCCGACGACUCGAGCGUGACGCUGAGGAGGUGCUGCGCGCGGCCGACGCCCUGGAGCUGGAGCAGUUCUCGCUGCUGGGCUGCAGCCACGGCGCCAACGUGAGCGCCGUGCUGGCGGCCACGUACCCGGAGCGGGUGUCGCGACUGGUGCUCAUCAACGGCAACGCGUUCGUGAGCGACGAGGACUUGGAGGACAUGGAGGAGCACGAGGACGUGAACUCGUGGCCCCAGGAGAUGCGCGAGGCAGCCGAAGCCAAGUACGGCGCGGACCUGCAGGAAAAGUGGGCUGAGACGGUGGAGGCCCUGCGUCAAGUGGAGCGUGAGGACGGUGGCGACCUGUACUGCGGCCAACUGCCCUACAUCAAGUGCAAGACGUUGGUGGUGUCCGGUGCACAGGACACGUUCGUGCCGCCGUUCCACAGCGAGUACCUGAGCGAGCGCAUCAUGCACUCGCGCCUGGAAGUGAUGUCUGAGGGCGGCAACGACCUCGUGCGGUCCGAAGCUGAGCGCUUCAACGCUCUGCUGGAGUCCUUCCUGCUGGAGCCCGACGACAAGCUCACGCAGAGCCGCGAGUUCGUGGCUGUGCCCUCGAAGGCAUAA